CUCUCUCCACCCCUUCUCUCUCUCAUCCAUUAGCAGGAAGACGAGAAGAGACGAAGCGACAGAGUCAGCGGAGCACAAGGAGAACGGACGGAAGAGAGAAACGAGAAGAAGAGGUGAGGAACAGCAAAGCAUCAUGGACGUUCUGAAGAAGGGCUUGUCCAUAGCGAAGGAUGGAGUGGUGGCUGCUGCCGAGAAGACGAAGGCCGGCGUGGAGGAGGCCGCCACCAAGACCAAGGAGGGGGUCAUCUAUGUCGGUGAGGAUGGAUGAGAGGCAACCUUUGUUUUCUGUCGUCCAGUUGCUCAGAAGACGACUGAACAGGCCAAUGUUGUUGCCGACACUGCGGUCACCGGGGCCAACGAAGUCGCCCAGGCAGCGGUGGAGGGGGUGGAGAGUGCAGCUGUGGCGAGCGGGUUUGUCAGCACGGAGGAGGCGGGACCAGUGGCUGAGGAGACCGACCUUCCAAAGAAAGAGGCUGGAGCUGAAGAGCAGAGCGAACAGGCGGCGCAGUAGACUCGGAGGUGGAACAAGAGGAAACUUCGCUUGUUUAACCUUUGACCUGAUCAUCUUCAGUCAGUAGCUUCACCUCAUUAACCAACAGACCCCUGUCCUCAGCUGACCCCCUGUUGCCAUGGUUACACUGCCUCUGCAGCAUACUUGUCACUCAUUGCGAGACACACACACACACACACACACACACACACACACACACACACUGUCAGUUUGUAACACUCAGGUGAUGCAACCACACUCUCAGCUGGAUGGACGACAUCACCCAGGUCACCAUGCUGACCCCGCCCCCUGACAGACACACAUCUGAGGCCUUUAACUGCAUGUUGUAUCUUUACUCUCACAAACACACACA